CUCUGCCCCUCUCCAUCAUCGUCACGUACGCACGAAGCGUAGCAAGCAGAGCUUAGCGCAUUUCGCUGAUUGUUCUGUUGAUCAGCUUCAGAGCUAUGGAGAUCGCGAGGAGGACGAGGAGGUCGCCGUGCCCGAGCCACCGUCGUAGGAGGUCAUCGGCGGCGGUGGGGCGGAAGGUGCGUGAGCUGCGGCGGCUGGUUCCCGGAACGGCGGCGCUGCCUGCCGACCGGCUGCUCCUCCGCACGGCCGACUACAUCGCCCAGCUCCGCGCCAGGGUCGAGCUCCUCAGGGCGCUGUCGGAGCUCUGCGAAGGCCACGGCCAUGGCGACACCCCUAGCUAGCUAGCUGCAACCGCUUGUGUGGCAUACCGUAUAAAUACGUAUGCGUGUAUACUUUGUCACACACAUAAACGAGUGGUGUAUAUUGAAGGGAGUAGUAUGGGUGAUCAUCUAGCGCAUAGCUCAUUAGUACGUACCUAAAUGGAGUUUUGUUUUUGAUUUUGUCCAAUCUUUUGUAAUUUUUUUAGGCCAAUUCGUAUUCUUUGUGUACCUAUUUACAUGUGAUCCUCUUCGAUCUCGCGUUGUUAUGAUAAAUUUCAUGGAAUCAUAUAAGUGAGUUUUGUCAUACAUACGUAUAUUUGUUCGCU